AUGAAGUGCAGGAAGCUGUGCCUCGACGUCGGGACGCGUUUGCCCUUUCUGAGCCUUUACCCUGCCGAUGGGCCACCAGGUGUGGAUGGCUCCAUUUAUUUCAUUGAUGAGAACGGCUCACGUGUGCAGCGGUGCGUGGGCGGUCAGUAUGAGGUCAGUGUUACUCUUGAUGUGGCUGUUUAUGGCUGUCAUGGCGGCAGGUACUUUGAUGGUCACACCACAUCCGUGGCGGGGCGCCAGGAGAGUGGCAGCGAGGCGUCGCAGCUGGAGGCCAGGUUGGUGGUGCAGUGGUCCACCUACGUUUCGUUUCUGGUUCUGCGCGAGGAUGCCGAGGACAUCUUCGUAACUCGCGAAGGAGUGCUGUACGUGUCCGACAGCGGCAACAAUCGCAUUCAAAAGUGGCUGCCUGGAGCAACAGAGGGUGUGACAGUGGCUGGUGGCAAUGGCAAGGGCUCACGCUUGGAUCAGCUGCAGCACCCCGUGGGCCUCCACAUCACUGAGGACUCUACCAUCUACAUAGCCGACUACCAGAACCAUCGCAUCAUGAAAUGGCGAGAAGGCUGGCAGCAUGGGUUGGUGGUUUCCGGUGGCCAGGGAAACGGCGACGAGCUGUACCAGCUCUACGAGCCCAUCGAUGUGACCUUCGACUCCCAGGGAGCUCUCUACGUAGCAGACAACGGCAACGCGCGAGUUGUGAGAUGGUGCGCACCAUCUGUGCCUUAUGAGCAAAUCCUGCCAUGCACGUCCGUGUUCUGA